AUGGGCCCCAGGGCUCUCAAACUCAAGGCAUGCUAUCAGUCUGUCGCCCAAUCCCUUCUUCAUUUCGGUAGCCUCUAUCUCGAACGACGUCCGUUAGCCAGGCUGCUUUCAACCUUUCUAUGCUGCCUCGCCAUUGUUGUUCAUCCUGUUUCCCGCUUCGGCGGAGCGUACGCGUAUCUAGUGCUCCCAUUCCAAGCACUCAUUUUCAGUGUGCAGGAAAGUCUCGCUCAGCAGCUUGAGCUGACAAUCCUGAAUCUCAUUGGAGCGCUUUUGGCUAUCGCCAUCUCGACUCUGGCAAAGUUUCUCGCUUCCUUGGCACCUUAUGACUCUACCGCAUCUAGGGCAACUUGCGCCAUCUUCCUGAUUUUCAUCAGCUUCUGCGCCGGGUUCGUGAAGAGUCGGCUGGUCCGUCUGACUGUGUCUAUGCGCAUCUCGCUUUUUGUGUCUACCUGGCUCUUGACAGUGAACAUUGGAGAUUCUUCUAAAGUCUUGUCCGACUCGGGUGACUUCCUAUAUGUCACAAUCGCCCCAGCAGUGCUCAGUUUGGCGGCGUUACUCAUUGUCAUGACUGCCUAUCGCUGGUCUUCGUCCAGCUUUGCAGGCGAUAUGGCAGCAUCCUUUGCUUUGUUACAGCGAUGUUUGUCCGUCAGUGUCGAGGGCAUUCAAGGAGGUCAGCGUAAAAUGAAUGCGGACUCUAUGGAAAUCCUGCAACUCCAAAGUCAACUAUUACAGAGAUCCAUUAUUCUCAACGAGACAUACUCACAGGCGGCUUUUGAGCUUAGAGUCGGACGCUUAAGCUUAAAAUCGAUCCGACCUCUGAUUGGUGUCGUUGAACAUCUGCGCCGGACGCUUUCGUGGGGAAUGUUCGCCACCGAGCGAAAGCCCAGUACAGCCGUUUCUAGUCGGGCGACAUCCCGUCGAGGUUCCGUUCGUCGUUUGGGGAAUUUUAUGGCACAGCCAGUGUUGCUGUCUCACGAAAAAUUCAUAUCCUCCAUUGAGGUUCCUGCACUCUCCCUGGGGCAUGCAAUUAUUGCUGCAUUACAAGCUGUCGAAAUGUUGAUCUCCCUGUCGUUCAACCAGAACAAGAGCACGUCUUCCGCUGCUACCUCUAACGGGCUGGUGCGUUUGGGGUCUGGUCCUGCGAAGCAUGCACUUCAUGUGGCGGAACAAACUUUGGUCAAGGCACGGAACGAGGCAAGGGAGCGUCUAGAACAUACGCUCAAUGAAAUGGAUCUUGAGCAGCGGGCACUCGGGCAGAACACGUAUUAUCCCAAGGAGGUGCUUGAUGGCAGUUUGAUUAUGAUCGCCUUGCUGCAGAUGGCGCAAGAGAUGCGUGGAGCCUUGCAGAUUGCCGAUCGCAUGUACACCCAGUACGAAGAGUCCACUAUGCGCCUCUGGUACCCGCGUAUAUCCCUCGCCUGGCUUGGCGUGCCUCCAGCUCACAUCAUCUCCGAUGAUGUCGACGCUACCCUGCAGUUGCGCCCCGCGGUCACCACUUCGAGUUGGGGCGGCACAAGCUCGGAGGUUGAUCUGACGGUCGCGGAGGCGAAGGAGGGUCUUGCAGAGCGUGGAUUCACUACGGACGUCAGGAGGCUUCCCAGCGGCUUGACGUAUGAGACGUUUGACGAGAAGGGGAAGCAGCAUCCGGCCUCGAGGAAACGUUCACCGUGGGACAUCUUGGCGCUGUUGUUCUCGCACCUAUGGGCGCUGCCACGGAUGAUUCGCACGCGAAUAUGGCUGGCCAAGCUCAAUCGGACGGUGGUGCACUCGGAGCAUGUCAAGCAUGCGAUGAAGAACGCGAUUGGGGUUGCCGUACUCAGCUUUCCCGCAUUUAUGCCGGCCAAUUCAGCAGGCGAGCCACCAAUGGUUCACAUUCUGGCAUGGACAAUGGAUGGUCAUCAGCUACGUCUGGGUUUUGGAGACAAACACUGGAGCAACCUGGAGAGUGGGAUACCUACGUUUGGUCGGCACGACUCUUGCCGCCAUUUAUGCAUACAUUGUUUGGCUGAUUUGUCGUAUGAACCCAUACGGCCUCACUAUACUGGUUACGGUAAGGUGCUCUUGGGUCGUGAAGUGGCUUUUAGGGCUCAUCGCAUACAACAGGCAGCGGACGUUCCCUUUACCUGGCUGAUUACUCGCGCAGCCCUCCCUCAGCUUGCCGUGCCUGCUGCUGUAGCGCUACCUAUUGUAGCCUUCGCACAGUAUGUUAAUCCUGGGACAACCACUAAAGUUGUGGAUAUCGCUGCGAUGCGUAUUUUGAUGAUAACCAUCGGAAUUGUUGGGGCGCUGCUCAUGAAUAGCGUCGUCUUUCCUCGACAUUGUCGGGUCCUUUUUCUGUCCGAAACCAGCAGUACCCUUGGUUUAAUGAGCGCACUAUAUAUGGCACUCGGAAACGACAUCUUUCGAAAGCAGCCGUGCUACAUACACCCUCAAAGAAAGAGAAUUUUGAAGCUUGAGUUGCACAUUCGGAGCCAGCUGCAUCGUCUUUCAGCCCUCAUCACAACAAUGCACGACGAAAUUAGUCUUCUUCCUAAACCGCUUGCACGAUAUCGCAGAAUUGUCACGUUAAUGCAGAGGCUCCUUGACGGGAUGACGGGGUUGCGGAAGAUCAGGGAGAACAUUCCUCGUCGGGAAACGGUUUCAAACGUAUAUAAUGAACGGCAUGAAUUUCUCUCAUGCGUGUGUAUCACGUUGUAUGCAUGUCAGCACGCGUUCCGCGCUCGCGAGUCGCUGCCCCAGUUUUUACCGUCUCCACGACACGCCUUAGAUAACCUGGAGGAACACAUACAGCAAAGCAUUCGUAACGCUCGCGAAGCGAAUGUGAAUGCUAUGGGCCUUUCUCUCGUUUAUGCGUUCGCCGAGCAGGAGGUGCUGAGACACAUGGUCGACACUCUCGAGGAGCUGUUGGAGCUGACAGGACGACUGUUCGGGACCUCGGCAUGGAUGACGAAUGAGCAGCAUAUGUCGAUGGCAAGCGUUGCUGAAGAUCCCGGAGACCAUGCUUGGUACAGCACAAUGAGGUGGGAGGAGGCGUGA